AUGUACUCCGUAGCAGCCCUGAGUCGAGUUUUGAUCUGCAAUUUGCGAUUCUUGAUGCAAUGGAUAAGGAUGGUUUUGCAGCAAUUUGGGAUUCUUGAUGCAAUGGAUAAGAAUGGAGAACGACUUUUCCAGACUCUUAUCCAUUUUGCAGGGAGGCUAGGAUUACCUUCAUGGAGGUUGAGGAAUUUUGGACAACAUGGUUUGGCAUUCUAUUGUUUGGGGCUGAUUUCUAGGUAUCUGGAGCAGUUUGCAGCAGUUUGCUCCUUCGGUAUUAAGCGAAAGCUCAAACUGUCAUGUUUCAUAUUGGAUACAAGAAGUUUGUGUCCAUUAGCCAUCAUGUCUUCAGAGGGGGAGACAGAGACAACCUAUGAAAGUGGUGUGCUGUGGCCUGUGGAAACAGAGGAGCAUGUGGCUGCUGAGAUUUACCACAACCUUGUGACAGAACUGGAUGAACAGCUGUGGUUGAGGCUUUCAAUAAUGAUGAAUAUUUUCUUUGGCACAUUUGGGUUUUUUUGGACUGGUAAAAAGUCUAAAGAUUUGCCCAAUCUUUUGGUCCAAUCUAGUAAGAGUGUGUAUAGACCUAGUGUUGUUUCCAGCCACAGUACAUCCUUGGCACCCCAUUACUCUAGCCCCCUUUUGAGUGCUCUUACUCCUUACAUCACCUCUUCACAAUCUCUUAUCCCUAGUCCUUCAAAUGAUCUCCAACCUGCCUCUCAUACUACCUCACAUGUUCAUGCUCCUACCUCUGUCUUUUCUAGCCCUAAGGAUUCAUCACCAGCUAGUAGUUCUGGAGCUCCUUCACCUACUACUGCCAGCAACUCCUCAGGGUCCUUCUCAUCCUUCUCUAGUCAGGCUGACCCUUCAUUCAGCUCAUCUUCAAACUGA